GGGCUGGCCCAGGUGUCCUUGAUGAGCAUCCAUUUAAUUCAGGCCAGUCAGCGAAAGCCCAUGCCGGAAACGUUGGGCCCAUUCAGAACAGAACCACUAGACUUCAGAUAUUGUAGACUUCAAUGUCGUGUUCUACUGCUUUUGCUCUUUCUUCCUGUAAUAUCUUCUUCUUCGUUUGUCCACUUCCACUUAGCUUUCUCUUUCUCCGAGCAGAAAAAUCUGCGGACUUUACCCGUUAAUGCCCAAAUCUCGCAGGCACCCACUUCGAUUCAGUCUCCGUUCUCACAAAGCCCUCAGUCAAUUUCCGAUACCAGCCCCUCUAUGACCGUCAAUUCUCCCCCGCCAUAGCCUGAGAUUUUCCCUCGCUUUGCCGGGAAAACAAGAAAGUAAUCAUGACCGCGGUGCUCAAGUCCAGGUCCUCCCGGGAGAUAGCCUCCCUCACGGUCUCCCAGUUCCGAUGCUUCAUGGCUAAUUCUUACCGCACUAGCAGCUCCAAUUGGGACAGCUUCUUCACCCACUCUCCCUACCACUUCACUUCCUUCAAGCCCGUCUCCCUCCGCGGCGAUUUCACCGAGAAAGGCACCCAGCUCCUCAAUGAUCGGAAGAUUUCCCUGAGCUCGAGUGGUAAAAGGAGCGACUUCGUAUGUGACGAGACGGGAGUAAGCGAUUAUUCUAGUGUAACUUAUGGCUACGACAGGAAUUGGAGCGGUAAUUUAGGUAUUGUGAGCUCAUAUGGGGACCCACCGGAGGUCUGGCAGCCUCCCGGCGGAGGGGUCACUGUCCGGCUCGGUGAUUCCAGGACAAACCCGGGCAAGUUGGGCGGAGGUGGGUCUGGCGGGGGUGGAUUUGAUUCAAGCUCGAAGGAAGGAUCUUGGGGCGGAUCGAAUUGGGGCCAUAAUUUUCCAACGCCAAAGGAGAUUUGCAAGGGCCUCGACAAGUUUGUCAUUGGACAAGAAAGAGCCAAGAAGGUGCUCUCGGUAGCAGUUUACAAUCACUACAAGCGGAUAUAUCAUGAUUCCAUGCAGAGGCCAGCUGGAGAAGCGGGGAAUGGAAGUGGAGAUGUAAUGGAGGAUGACUCGGUAGAACUUGAGAAGAGUAACAUCCUUCUCAUGGGACCUACAGGCUCAGGGAAGACAUUACUAGCCAAAACUUUGGCUCGGUUCGUAAAUGUCCCGUUUGUGAUAGCAGAUGCAACAACGCUAACUCAGGCAGGAUAUGUCGGGGAAGAUGUGGAGUCUAUAUUACACAAGCUUCUUACAGUUUCUGAUUAUAACGUUGCAGCUGCCCAGCAGGGCAUUGUUUACAUUGAUGAAGUAGACAAGAUCACCAAAAAGGCUGAGAGUAUCAAUCUCAGUAGGGAUGUAUCUGGGGAGGGCGUGCAGCAGGCACUCCUAAAGAUGCUAGAAGGAACUGUUGUAAAUGUUCCCGAGAAGGGUGCUCGAAAACAUCCUAGAGGUGACAAUAUUCAGAUUGACACGAAGGACAUUCUCUUCAUUUGUGGAGGUGCAUUUAUAGACCUAGAGAAGACAAUCUCGGAGAGGCGUCAAGAUUCUUCAAUUGGGUUUGGUGCUCCAGUCCGAGCUAAUAUGAGGGCAGGCGGGGUUACAAAUGCUACUGUAACAUCAUCUUUGUUAGAGACUGUGGAGAGUAGUGAUCUCAUUUCAUAUGGUUUAAUACCUGAGUUUGUUGGAAGGUUCCCGAUCCUGGUUAGCCUGUCAGCUCUAACAGAAAACCAGCUUGUUCAGGUCCUAACAGAGCCCAAAAAUGCUUUAGGGAAGCAGUACAAGAAGAUGUUCCAGAUGAAUGGGGUAAAGCUGCAUUUCACUGAUGAUGCCUUGAGAUUAGUUGCAAGAAAAGCAAUAGCAAAGAAUACCGGAGCACGAGGCUUACGAUCGCUCCUAGAAAGCAUUCUUAUGGAUGCGAUGUAUGAGAUUCCUGAUGUCCGCAUGGGGGAUGAUAUAAUAGAUGCAGUCAUAGUUGAUGAAGAGGCCAUUGGGGUAGGUGCAAAAGGAAGCGGGGCUAAGAUCCUCUAUGGAAAGGGAGCUUUUGACCGUUACCUUGCGCAGAGUAAAGCGAAGGACCAGGAGGCAACUGUGGAAGGCUCCGACGGGGAACCUGAGGCGGAGGCCGAGAUCCCAAAGAUUGUUGCCAGCAUGUAACGAUUUGGUUGAAGCUAUUCACAGGGAUAGGUGUACAUAAUAAAGUCUUUCAUCACAUUUAUUGGGACAGUAAUAUAUCAUGUAUCAUGUAUAUUUUAAUCCAUCAUAAUUCUCUGUACAUCAUUCGCUUUUCAUUUUACCUACAA